AUGAUUGAUUCCAUGAACUUCUCCGGACAUGCAUCUCUCACACCACCAAUCUCUCGAACAUGUCAUCUCCUCCGCCACGAGACCAUCCCAAUCUACGCCAGCAACAGCCAGUUCAUCUUCAACAUCGACGAUGCAGCGGCACUCUGGUCUCGGGGCACUCAAAUCUGGGCAAACCUGUUACUCCAUCGCGAUAUCAACAUUGGCAGAUCCCUCAACCAAUGCGAUGGCAAGGGCAUGUUGGAUUCUACCUCUUGCUCGAACGUCGCAAAAUGUCAGAAUCAUAUACGACGGCAGAGUCCUCUCCGAAAGCAUGGUCUUCGAGAUUUGUACUGGCUCAGACGUCAGGUUUAUGGACUGGAUGAGGUUAGAAAGAAGCAUCUCGGUGACAGUGAUUCCAAAGGUCUGCUUCCUGACGACAUGCGAUUUCUCAUGCAGGCCAUGGAUAUCGUGGCGACUCACCCAGUACUUGACUUGGGCCUUCAAAGGAGGCAAAAUAUUUGGCUCAGUAUGGAGGAUAAGUUGAACAAGCUGAUUGAUGCAUGUAAACAUGGAAGCAUAGCAGCACCAGCACCAGCGUGA